GUAUUGCCUGGCUCCACCUUUCCCCUUAUCAUCAUGAUGGCUUGCGUUGAGCUUUUUGACUUCAUCAAAGCACGUCCUGCUAAUCUAACACAAGGAAGAAAACACCUGUCGACGCUGUAUCAAGACAUGCGUAUGCUCCUGAAAUUAACAUCCCAACAAAUGAACGCAAAUGAGUUGAUUGACUUUGAACACUCACUAUCAUCCCUGCCCUCACUGAACUACAGUGUAAAAGACCUGAAUUCACUCGAGGUGAGCAGUACCUUGGCACAGCUGUACUCUGGUCUUAAAUCUUUCAAGUUCCAUCUUGAUUGGGUCCAGCGGAAUAGCGACGAAAUGGGGAAUGAUUACUCUAGAACAAAAAAGAUUGCUCAUCUUAUCCAAGCCAUCAUCCAGAAGGUGCUCCGAGAGCUCGGACAGACUGCACCCGAGAUCGUCCAUCCCACAUUGCCUCCUCUGGAAACCUUCUGGCAGUUGUACCAGACCAAUGCGGAGAUCCAUAAAAAACUGUUGAUCUUCUGUGACUAUUACACCAGAGCACUUGGAUCCCUGAAACGCAAACACCCUUAUACACCAUCAUAAGACACCAGUAGCAGUCAGUCAAUCUUCAUGGUAAAAAACAAAACAAACUUAAAGCCUCACGGUAGUAUCGUUUGACUUGCCUUAACAUUUGAAGGGAUGGAUUUUUAUCCU